GCCAGAUUGACGGUUCCCAUGCCCUGCAGAUGGCUAUAAAGGAGUCCUGGAACGGCAGUCAUCACUUACUUGAGAAUCCGCUGUAGAAUGGGUAAGAUAUCGCUGUACGGCCUGGACGCAAGUCCGCCUACCCGGGCAUGUCUGCUCACCCUGAAGGCACUGGACAUUCCCUUCGAGUACAUCUUUGUCAAUCUGUUCGAGAAGGCGAACUACAGCGAGGAGUUCUCGAAAAAGAAUCCGCAGCACACGGUGCCGCUGUUGCAGGACGAUGAGGCAUGCAUCUGGGAUUCCCAUGCCAUCAUGGCCUAUCUGGUGGAUAGAUAUGCAGCCAGCGAUGAGCUGUAUCCCAAGGAUCUGCUGCAGCGGGCCAAGGUGGAUCAACUGAUGCACUUUGAGUCGGGCGUUAUCUUCGAAUCCGCGCUGAGGAGACUCACCCGACCGAUUCUCUUUAACGGCGAAUCAACUUUGCCCCGGAAUCAAGUGGAUCACAUCAUCCAAGUCUAUAACUUUGUGGAGACCUUUCUCGAUGACCAUGAUUACUUGGCCGGCGACCAACUGACCAUAGCCGACUUCAGCAUUGUGUCGACCAUCACCUCGAUUGGAGUUUUCCAGGAACUAGACGUGGCCAAGUAUCCAAGGAUUGCCGCCUGGCUGGACAGGCUCAAGGAGCUGCCCUACUACGAGGAGGCCAAUGGAAGUGGAGCCGCCCAAUAUGUGGAACUCUUGAGGUCCAAGAACUUUACUAUCGUGCCCUAGGAAAAGUGUAAAAAAAAAAAGAAAUGGGAAAACCAACAAAUCCUACAUCAUCAAGCAACUUUAAACUUUAAAUGUUUAGUUCUUUUUGUUGUAUUCAAAAGCUUGGACAUAAAACACAAAUCGUUUUGAUGACCUACACAUUUUAUCUCUUUACACAGACAUUAUCCUAUUUUAAAUAUUUCAAUUAUACAAACUUCUGAUCUUCACUACCUUCUCAGUUUUGUGUCCUCAACAAAUAACUUAAAAUAAAUUGA